CAAAUUUUGAUAAUGAUGUGAAUUUGGCGGGCCUCAUAUUCGUUAUGUUGACAUAACAAUUCAAGAUAAGACCGUGUAUGAUUAUUAUUUUAAAUAAUGAUAACUAUUAACUAGAAACUUCCUAUCUGGAUUGUUUUAAAUUUUUAAUUCGUUGUACCCACGAAUCUUAAUCCGUGGUUGUACCUAGUAAGUUAUAGCCUGUUGGCAUGCAAUUACUGUAUUUGUUUAAUAUUUUAUUGAUUAUUUAAUGAAUGUUUUUUUUUUUCAUUUUUUAGUUUUGGUGAGUUUUUCGAAUAUUAGAAAAUUUGUACUAAAAUGUGAAUCCUUUUGUUUUAUAACAUUUUAUGUCAUUAGGAAUCCGACAUUUUGACGUUUAAUAGGUGGGUAGAUAAGUUUAUAAUUUGAAUAAGAAAAAAACUUCUGCUAGCCAUUGCAUAUAGUACCAACAUAUCAACAUGCCCACUGACGACAAUAGUUUAGAGGAAAUGGUAGAGAAAACAUUGGAAUCUACUGGUGUAUUACCUAAAAUGAGAGUAUGCAGGAUAAUGAAUAUUAAACAUUUCAAAAUUUGCCAUCUACUAAAUUGUUUUAUUUUUAUUAUUUAAUAGGCCGAACUUCGUGCAAAUGUUUUUCAAGUGAUAGAGAAAGGCUCAUCGUUUCAGGUAAUAUUUUAAUUUAUAGUUAAAUUAGCCAAAUGGAAAAAAAAAAUCAAUAAAAUUAUAUACCACAUUUACAGUUUUUAUAAUACAAAUUAACCUAACUGAGCCUCAGGAAUUACUUAUUCAGAGCUAUAAUAAGACCUUUCGACUCCUCUGGUCAUACAAUAAAUUCCUGUUCUUCUACCCACUUAUAUUUAUUUUAAUUAAAAUUGUAUAUUUCUGGUAUAUAUAAAUUAUGAAUGGUCUUGUGAUAUUAAUAAUUGUCAAUUAAUCUGUUUUAGAACAAACUUUACACAGAUAAAAUUCAAGACUUUGUAUCUAAUAAAAAUGGGUCGUUAUUGUUAUCAUUAGUUAACGAUUUGUUGGAGUAUUUAGAAUUAACAUUUACAAAAUCAGUAUUUGAUCCCGAAACGGGUGCUGGACGUUUAUAUCAGUGUAUAGAUAAAGAUGAAAUUUGUAACAACCUUUCUCUUUCAAAAGGUUAAUAUUAUUCACAUUAUAAAAUGUAUUCACUUAUUUGGAAAAAAAUGUAAUAAUAUUAUUUUUGUUUAGAUGAUAAAAAACCUUUAUUGUUACAAAUUCUCCAAACUUACCAGUCACAGUUUAAAUCAGUUGACAAUGGUGCUAAGGUUUGUUUUGAACAAUAUAAAACCUAUUUUUUUUUACUUAGUUAUUAUUUUUUGUGGAUCUAUUUAGGAAUAUAAUGUAUUAAAACAACAUAGUAAAACAUAUGAUGGAUCAUCAUUAGCUCAAAUUUUAAAAAAUAGUAUGGAAUCAGCAAACAAAAUUGAUAAUAAGCCUAAAACCAUACCACCCAUAAAAACCAAAAUAUUUGGAGAAUUUGAAGAACAAAAUACACAAUUUGAUAGACAUGAAAAUUCAGAUUCAUUGUCGUCUUUAGAUAAUUUACAGUUAAAAGAAUUAGAAAGCUCAGGUAAAUAAAAUAUCUGUUGUUUUACCAAUUUAACUUUAAAAUGUUAUUAAUGUUAUUUUAUCAGUUAAACUUGAAAUUUUAAUCCAACUUAUUUCACCAUAAAAAUAUAUAUGAAAUAUUUAAUCAGGCAUUUUUACAAAUUUUAUUGUAUUCUUUUGUAUUUAUAGGAAGUUCAAAUAGUUUAAGCAUAGAACAAUUAUCACCAGUUAAAAGUUGUGCUCAGAUUAAGAACAAUGAUAAUUUAGAAGAAGAUAUCAAGUCAGAUAUAAAAAAUAUUCAAAAUGACUCAAGUUUGGAAGACGUUGUUACUGAAGAAAGUAUUUCUUGUGGAAAGGAUAGUUCACUAAGCACCGACUUAUCUGUAAGUAUAAUUAAAAUUAGAAGUAAUCAAUAUGUUUAAAUGCAAAGUAAUAAUUCAAACUGUUCAAUUUUUUUCCUAUUUCCAGGAUUUUUAUUAUAUCUUCAAAAUUUUUAGGUAAAGUUCACAAUAGGACAUUCCUUAUUUGAUUUUUUUUGCAGUUCAAAGUGAAAAAAACUCAUUAAAAAUAAUUUAAAAAAAAGCUGUCCUAGGAUAAUCAGGAUGGGUGUAAUCACUGUUAUUGGGGAGAAGUUGGGAAGUAGGAUAUAGAGCGGAAAUGAAUUUGUAUCUGUAAGCAACGAUAAAUCAUUGCUCACUAAAAAUUAUUGAGCAGAAUUCAAUUAAUAUUACUUAUUGUUAAUUUACAUUACCAUUACUAAUUAUUCAAAACCAAUAUUAACUCUUCUAUUUGGAGAUUAAUUAAACUGUAAAAAUGUAUUCUGAAUAAUAUUUUGUUGCUCUUUAUGGUUGCUCGUUGAUUUUCAAUUGUUGACUUUUUUUAUUAGUAUAGAUGUUACAAACCCUGAUUUUUAAGGUCAAACCGAAUUGAACUUUCCUUAAAAUGAAUGAUCUAAACUGUACCUAUACAUUUUUAUUCGAACUCGAACCAAACUUUUAAAAUAUUAUAUCGAACUCGAAUAUUUAAAAUGUAAACAUGUUAGGUUAGAUCAACCUUUACCAAUUUAUGAUUAUGAAACCCACUGAUGUGAAAAAAAGAAUUUAGCUUUUUUGUAACAAGCCCGUUCUGUUCUACCACAGAAUAUUGCAUUAGCAACAUAUCCGCAGUGAAUUGACAUUAAAUGAUUUUCAAACCGAAAUAUUGGGUAUUUGGUUAAAUUAAUUGUAAUUUUCAGUUUAAAAAUCGAACAGUUUGUCACUUAUCUAUUUAUUAGUGUAUUUAUCUAUAUUAUAAAUUAUAUUAAAACUUGUUGCUUUGUAUAUUGUAUAUUUGUAUAAUUAAUUUAGUAUAUAUAUAUUUGUUUCAGACUAAUAACGGCAGUCCAGAGAUGAUAAAAACCCGUAAUUUACAACUAUGAACGUUCCAUUGCAAAAUACAUUAAAUUCCAAUCUAUAGAAAUAUAUUUUAUUAUUUUUAUACAAACAAAUAAUUUUUUAUUUUUAAAACUUAAUAUUAAAUUGGGAAUUAACAAGUACGAAUAGUAUGACAAAAAACACUAUAUCUACACAAAUAACACUCAUGUCUUGACUUGGAUUAGUUCAUAUUUUGAGCUUCAGCCAUUAAUCGUUCACCAAAUGACUUGGAAACUAGAGUUACCGUUUCCAGAUAACGGUCCAUGCACAUUGAUACACAUUUCUAAUAAAACAAUACUGUAAUAUUAAAUUGUAUUUUAAAUUUAAAAAUAAAAAUAUUUACUUGUUCAGUACUAUCCAAAGAACCUCCUGGUUUAGUAACACAUUUAUUGAAACACAGUCUACUCAUUUUCUAAAAUAAAAAC